AUGUCGUCCGGCACCAUGAAGUUCAAUGGCUACUUGAGGGUCCGCAUUGGCGAGGCCGUGGGGCUGCAACCCACCCGCUGGUCCCUGCGCCACUCGCUCUUCAAGAAGGGCUAUCAGCUACUGGACCCCUACCUGACGGUGAGCGUGGACCAGGUCCGCGUGGGCCAGACCAGCACGAAGCAGAAGACCAACAAACCCACGUACAAUGAGGAGUUCUGCGCCAACGUCACCGACGGGGGCCACCUGGAGCUGGCCGUCUUCCACGAGACGCCCCUGGGCUACGACCACUUUGUGGCCAACUGCACCCUGCAAUUCCAGGAGCUGCUGCGCACGGCCGGCGCCUCGGACACCUUCGAGGGAUGGGUGGAUCUGGAGCCAGAAGGGAAAGUAUUUGUCGUAAUAACUCUAACAGGGAGUUUCACUGAAGCUACUCUCCAGAGAGACCGAAUCUUCAAACAUUUUACCAGGAAGCGCCAAAGGGCUAUGCGAAGGCGAGUCCACCAGAUCAACGGGCACAAGUUCAUGGCCACAUACCUGAGGCAGCCCACCUACUGCUCUCACUGCAGGGAGUUUAUCUGGGGUGUAUUUGGAAAACAGGGCUAUCAAUGCCAAGUGUGCACCUGUGUCGUCCACAAGCGCUGCCAUCAUCUAAUUGUUACAGCCUGCACUUGCCAAAACAAUAUUAACAAAGUGGAUUCAAAGACUGCUGAGCAGAGAUUUGGGAUCAACAUCCCACACAAGUUCAGCGUCCACAACUACAAGGUGCCGACCUUCUGCGACCACUGUGGCUCCCUGCUCUGGGGUAUAAUGCGACAAGGACUUCAGUGUAAAAUAUGUAAAAUGAACGUACACAUUCGAUGUCAGGCGAACGUGGCCCCAAACUGUGGGGUAAAUGCAGUGGAGCUGGCCAAGACUCUGGCGGGAAUGGGCCUCCAACCCGGAAAUAUUUCUCCAACCUCGAAGCUUGUUUCUAGAUCAACCCUAAGACGACAGGGAAAGGAGAGCACCAAAGAAGGAAAUGGCAUUGGGGUAAAUUCCUCCAACCGACUUGGGAUCGACAACUUUGAGUUCAUCCGAGUGUUGGGGAAGGGCAGCUUUGGGAAGGUGAUGCUUGCAAGAAUAAAAGAAUCAGGAGACCUCUAUGCUGUGAAGGUGCUAAAGAAGGACGUGAUCCUGCAGGACGAUGACGUGGAGUGCACCAUGACCGAGAAAAGGAUCCUGUCCCUGGCCCGCAAUCACCCCUUCCUCACUCAGUUGUUCUGCUGCUUUCAGACCCCUGAUCGUCUGUUUUUUGUGAUGGAGUUUGUGAAUGGGGGUGACUUGAUGUUUCACAUUCAGAAGUCACGGCGUUUUGAUGAAGCACGGGCUCGUUUCUAUGCUGCAGAGAUCAUUUCAGCACUUAUGUUCCUACAUGACAAAGGAAUCAUCUAUAGAGAUCUGAAAUUGGACAACGUACUGUUGGACCACGAGGGCCACUGCAAACUGGCAGACUUCGGGAUGUGCAAGGAGGGGAUCUGCAAUGGGGUCACCACAGCCACCUUCUGCGGCACGCCCGACUAUAUUGCUCCGGAGAUCCUCCAGGAGAUGCUCUACGGGCCCGCGGUGGACUGGUGGGCUAUGGGCGUGCUGCUCUAUGAGAUGCUGUGUGGCCACGCGCCCUUCGAGGCAGAGAACGAAGAUGACCUCUUUGAGGCCAUACUGAAUGAUGAAGUGGUCUACCCUACAUGGCUGCAUGAAGACGCCACAGGGAUCCUGAAAUCUUUCAUGACCAAGAACCCCACCAUGCGCUUGGGCAGCCCAAGUCAAGGCGGUGAGCAUGCCAUCUUGAGACACCCCUUCUUUAAGGAAAUCGACUGGGCCCAGCUGAACCAUCGCCAAGUAGAACCACCUUUCCGACCCAGAAUCAAAUCCCGAGAAGACGUCAGUAAUUUUGACCCUGACUUCAUAAAGGAAGAACCGGUUUUAACUCCAAUUGAUGAGGGACAUCUUCCUAUGAUUAAUCAGGAUGAGUUUAGAAACUUUUCCUUUGUCUCUCCAGAGUUGCAUCCAUAG